UUGAAUGUCUUUGCUUCUCAGGCUCGGGGCUCGGAUACACUGGAUUCAGGCACGGAGGGCGCCGGACGACUCAUCUCUUCUGCGGCUCCGUCCAGCGUCAAGGGGAGACCCAAUAAAAGGGUGACACGCGGACCCUUCGUAAAGCUGGCGGACUGUGCUCACUAUCACUAUGAAAACGUCAACUAUGGCCCGAUCCAGCUUUCUCUAUCUGACUCUCGUCCGGAGGAUUCCAGUGGUAGCGAAUCCGAGGCUGUUUACAUUGUGCAAGUCACAUGUCAGGGCCGCACUUGGUCCGUUUUGCGGAGCUAUGAAGAUUUCCAGGUCCUGGACUCCAACCUUCACCGCUGUAUUUUUGACCGCCGCUUCUCUCAGUUGCUUGAACUCCCCCCUCGCCGUGAACUUCCAUCUCAGGGCCAGCUCCUGGCCCCUCUACUCUCACGAUAUUUGAAGGCUCUUUCUGGUAUUGUGGACAGUAACAUCAACUGUGGCCCCAUACUCAACUGGAUGGAGAUUGAUAAUCACGGUAAUCGGCUUCUCGUCAAUGAAGAGGCGUCAAUCAAUGUUCCUGCUAUAGCAGCCGCCCACGUGAUCAAACGCUACACCGCUCAGGCGCCAGAUGAACUUUCCUUUGAGGUCGGUGACAUAGUGUCGGUCAUUGACAUGCCCCCGCGGGAGGACACCAGUUGGUGGAGAGGAAAGCACAGCUUCCAGGUUGGCUUCUUCCCCAGCGAGUGCGUCCAGCUGAUCACAGACAAUAAGAACCCGUCUCCAGCUGCAGAAGGUGAUAUAACGUUGUCCAUCACAUCUCCGCAUGGCUCCAACUGCCCCAGACCAGUGUGCCGUCGCCAUGGGAAGCUGGCGGGAUUACUGCGCAGUUUUAUGGCGUCCAGGCCAAGCAAACAGCGUCUGCGGCAGCGGGGGAUCCUCCGGGAGAGAGUGUUCGGGUCCGACCUGGGGGAACAUCUGCUGGAUUCUGGGGAGGAAGUCCCCAGGGUCCUGGUCUCCUGCGCUCAAUUCAUAGAAAAAUUUGGCAUCGUGGACGGGAUCUAUCGUCUGUCCGGUGUCUCCUCUAACAUCCAGAAGCUCCGACAUGAGUUUGACAGUGAGCGGGUUCCGGAUCUUUCUCGGGACACAUAUCUGCAGGACGUUCACUGCGUCAGUUCUCUUUGUAAACUUUACUUCCGUGAGCUGCCGAACCCUCUGCUGACGUAUCGUCUGUAUCAUCCCUUCACGGAAGCGAUGUCGGCCCCCGCUGAAGAUGAGAAGCUGAUCCGUGUCCACGACCUGAUCCAGCAGUUGCCCCCUCCUCACUACAGGACCCUUGAAUAUCUGAUGAGGCACCUGUCGCGGCUCAGCGCCCACAGCGAUCGCACCGGAAUGCACGCACGGAACCUGGCCAUAAUCUGGGCUCCCAACCUUCUGCGGUCCCGGGACAUGGAGUCUGUGGGGGCCCCAGGAGCAGACGCCUUCCGGGAGGUCCGGGUCCAGUCGGUGCUGGUGGAGUUCCUCCUGUGUCAUGUGGAGACCCUCUUUAGUGAUACAUUCACUUCAAUAGGUCGCUGUGGACCAAUCCGGCCGCGCUCUCUGAUGGGCGGCUGUCCCUCGGGUCGUCUCGUGAGUCUGCAGGAGGCUCAAGCGCGGAGUCAGAGCCAAAGGGAGGCGGCGGAGAAACUGGGGGCCGACAAAACCUCCCCCAACAAGCCUGAGAGGGCGCUAGAGAGCAGCGAUGAAAGGAAAGUUCCCCGUGGCAGGAAGAAGUCCGGUGGGGGUAGUAGUUGGAGAACAUUCUUUGCUAUAGGGAAAAAUUCAUCUCAGCAGAAGAAGUCUCGGUCCGGGGGUCUUCGGGAGUCGGCGGCCCACCAGAGAGUGUUGGACUCGGUGACGUUGCGGUCUGCUAAGAGUGAGGAGUCCUUGUGCUCUCACACCAGUGUGACCGGGUUUCACCGGACCUCCCGCCUCCGCCGGCCUCGCUCUACAAGUGACGGUCUGACCUCGCGGCUGCCUCACUGUAGGUCCGCAGAGAGCCUGACGCAGUCCUCCCCUUCUCCGCCCUGUGUGCCGUCCCCUCCCCCAACAUCUGGACGUCCCCAAUCGGCGUGGAUUGAGGAGGAUCUGGACCUGUCGCCGCCGCUCCCGGAUAUGGACGGUCUCGGAUUCGACCCCUUAUCUUUCCGCCUCUCAUUCUCGGACCAUGAAGAAGUGAAGUCUCCUACAAUAGUCAGAGCAGACGUGAGCAGCAGCCAGGGCCAUUCCCUACCGCGCAGGCUGAGCCUGUCUCCUACCGGCGGCUGCUCCCCCUCCCCCUCUCACAGCCCUCCGGAGCGCUUGGUCACAGACAUGGAGAACCAGGGGCCCCGUAGUCUGUCUCCUCCUCCGCAGAUGCUGAACCUGCUGCUUCAAUCCUGUCAACUGCGUCUUAGUGAGACCUGUGUGAAGGAAGGGAAAGGAAUCGGGCCCCCGAAACAAGAAGAGCCCUCGAAGGGAGUGACGCUCUCUCCACAGCAAACAGCUCAUCCUCCUCCUAUGUCUGUCACACGACAACUUCCUCCUCCUCCGCCACCAAAGGAUCCUGCCCGGCUGAUGGCUUUAAAAUUGGCAGAGAGCGCCCAGAGAGCCCUUCAGUCCUCCAUAUCUACCGGGACCGUCCCUGCAAAGUCCUCACAGAGAUCAGCCCCGCCACACCCAUCCACCUCAGUAUUCAGACGGUCCCUGUCCAUGGAGUGCAGUGAGAGCUCGGUGCCAAAGGAGGGGCCCCUGUACUCUGAGCUUCGACCACACUUAACCAGCCUCAAUGAGAGUACAACCAACCAGCAUCGACCUCCGAGACCCGAGAUACACAGUACAAUGGCUCCAGGUUCCACUCCGGCUGACCUCCGAAAAAUGGCCCUAGCAGGCACUCCUCCUUCGCGAGCUCCUCGCCUGCACACCAGGUCUGGCAGCCUUCCUGCUCCUCCGAGCCUCUUUCCUCCGCGCACUCGUCCUCCCCCGUACAGGUUCCCAGAGGAGGGUCCUCGGAUGCCCCCUCACCGCUCUGCUCCUCCCUGGCCAGAAGCAGAGGGGCUUUACUAUGAGAUAUUGGGGGACCCUCCUCACAUGACACCAAUCAAUGCUUCAUAUGGAUUAAUCCAGACACCGUGGCCCUAUAUGGCAUCACCGCCCUCUCACCCUCACUCUGUACCGGCUCCGGGCUGGUACGGCCGACCUCCUCCACCUGAGCCAGAGUUCCUGAGUUAUCAGCGCUGGGACAGGACGCCUCCCGCACAUUUGCGCCAGUAUAUUAUGGGGGGAAGCGUCCCCUAUCCGUAUAUGGGAACCGCGGAAGGUAGAGGUCAACCGGUCACUUCCCGACCUAACCAACAAGGGAGAAGGGAGGAACCAAUUUAUGUCAACCUCCCCCCAAGAGCAGAUGUAGGGGGUCCAUUCCAGGGCAAUAGAGACCCUGCAGAUCCCAAACCAGACCUGCCGCACAAACAGCGUCCUGGCCGACCCCCCAGUAUUGGACGGCAUGAAAGUCUUGGAGACCCUCAACCCACAAAGCAGCACAACCCCCAACUUUCAAGAAGGGAGGGGUCUCUAAGCUUUUUUCGCCCACCUUCACUCGCCCACUCAGCGAUGUGGGGCACACAACCUAAAUACCAAGAGGGUCGAGAACCUCCACUUAUCACCUACGAGAGUCCUGGAGGAGGAGUAGCCCAGAGAAUGCGCUAUGUGGCCCCACACUGUAUGCUCUCGGAGGGCGGGACUCUGUAUGGAAAUCUAGAGCAAAGAGGACCCCCACACAGGUCUGCCACCCCCGCGGGAUUCAUGGGGUCGCCUUGGACAGUUCACACGGAGGGGCAAACAAGAAGUUACUGCUGAGGGGGCAACUUGUAGAUUUUCUCUAAUGUAAACCCACCCAUCAGUACUUGGCUCCUCCCAAGACACGCCCACAAGGUGCCAGCAAUCAAGCAGCAGAUCAUCUGUGCUGAAGCACUUAUCCUGUUUUGUGUUGGGGAUGGGGGGU